GCCUUGUUCCGGCCGCGCAGCCCGGCCCCGCCCGCGCCCCCCUCCCGCCCGCCCGGGGCGCGGAGCGCGGCUGUGCGGGAGACAAUAGCGGAGCGGACGGCUCCGCGCCGGGCCGGGCCGGGCAUGGGCGGCCAGGGCUGCGCGGCCCCGCGGCCCCCGCGCCGCCCGAGCGGGCUGUAGCGGGGCGGGGGGCGGAGAGAGAAGGGGGCGAUGCCCCACGCCGAGCCCAGCCCGCCGCUGUGCUGAGCCGGCGGGGCUGGCCGGAGGCUGGAGAGCGGGACAUGGUGCUGGAGCCCCCUGUGACGCUCCCCGGGUGGCCAAGGGGCGGCUGGUGAGGAGCUGGAGAGCGGCGGCGGAGCGAGGCCACGGUGAGGGAGCCCCGAGGAUCCGGCUGGGGAGCCAUGGGGAGAUGCAACGGGCGAUGCACGCUGGUGGGAUUCUGCUGCCUGCAGCUGGUGGCGGCGCUGGAGAGGCAGAUCUUUGAUUUCCUGGGAUACCAGUGGGCCCCCAUCCUGGCGAACUUCCUGCACAUCAUGGCCGUGAUUUUGGGUAUUUUUGGGACCAUCCAGUACAGAUCCAGAUACCUCAUGAUGUACGCGGUGUGGUUGGUGCUGUGGGUCGGCUGGAACGCCUUCAUCAUCUGCUUCUACCUGGAGGUCGGGCGCCUGUCGCAGGACCGAGACUUCAUCAUGACCUUCAACACCUCGCUGCACCGCUCGUGGUGGAUGGAGAACGGCCCGGGCUGCCUGGUGACGCCGGUGCUCAACUCCAACCUGGCUCCCGAGGAUCACCACGUCAUCACCGUCAGCGGCUGCCUGCUCGACUACCAGUACAUCGAGGUGGUGAGCAGCGCCACGCAGAUCUUCCUGGCGCUCUUCGGCUUUGUCUACGCCUGCUACGUCAGCAAAGUGUUCCUGGAGGAGGAGGACAGCUUUGAUUUCAUCGGCGGCUUUGACUCCUACGGGUACCAGGCACCCCAGAAGACGUCGCACCUGCAGCUACAGCCGCUCUACACCUCGGGAUAACCGGGAGCCGGCGGCGCCAGGACCCCGCGGAGCGCCCACCCCCCGAUGCCACCACCCCCGGCGCGACGGGGCCACCAGGGCGAGCGCCCGUCCCCUCCGCGCCCCGGGACAGCCCCCGAGCAGCCGGGAGCCGCGGGGGCUGUGCCACCCCCGGGACCCCCCUGCCCGCGGCGGGGACACGGCGACAGCGCGGAGGUGGCAGCGCUCGCAGGACACCGCUGGAUCUGUCCCUCCCAGCCGGGCUUUUCCUUGGAGCAGCGGAGGGGCUUCGGGACAGGCACGGGGACAGGCACCGCCCUGGGGACAGGAGGGGUUGGGACAAUUUCCUGAAACUGCGGAUCUGCCUCAGACUGGCUCCAAACGUGGGGAUUGUGCUCCCGGCAGGAAUUCUCCAGCCCCCCAUGCUGGGAUGAAGCAGCGGGGAAGGGACUCGCUCUGGGAUGCUCCGAGGAGCUGGAUCCGUCCAUCAGCAUCGCCUCGAGCCCCAGAUCUGGGGACAUGGGGGGACAACAGGACCCCGAAAUCCCCCUGCACCCCUCCCUGCCAGCGAGGCUGCUGCGGCCCAGCCCCUCCCCAGCCCUUGGAACGGAUCUGAUGAAUGUUUCGGGUUGCUUUGGGAUUUUUUCUUUCCAAUCAUUUCUUUGGGUUUUAAUUUAAUUUGAAGUGCCUGAGUAGACUCUGGCUGAGCCGGGCCCCCCCAAGGCUGACACCGUGCCUUCAGCAGGGCUGGGGGCUCCUCCCUGGUCCCUUCAUCCCGGGGGGCUUGGUGCCAAAUUCAUCCCUCAGCUCCAGCGGCACCCGGCACGGGGGGAGGGAAUUUUGGGGGGUGUGAGGUGGGUUGGGCAGGGAUUGCUUUGCAGAAGGAAGAUCAGCUGGGAAGGAAAAGCCUUGGAAGGAACUGGAAGGAAAAAAAGAGAUUCCUGAAGUGUCCCAGCUCCCCAGAACCUCCUUGCUCUCCUUUCCGUGGGAUGUGGCUCCUCCAGGAUCCCUGGAUCUGCUCACCCUGCACCCCUGGGAGCUGGGGAAUUUGGAUGGAUUUACCUCCCAGCUGUUUCUCCUCCAGUGCCAGGGGAAUUUUUUACACCCUGGAAUGGUUUCUUGGCCCUUCCCAACAUGGAGCCCUGGAAGUGCCAGAGCCUGGAGCUGGGAUGGGCUGAGCCCCCGCAGCUCCCUGCCACCUCCAGCCAAGCUGUGAACUCUACAGGCAAUAAUUUUCCACCCUUUGCCCCUCUUUUUUCCAUGGAAAAUCGUGGUUUUUUUCAGGCAGUGAUCCCCCUCAUCCCUCAGAACAUAUCCCCAUCCCCAAGCCCUGGGGCCAGCAGCAUCUCUGGGGUUUAUUUUCCUCUCCAGGACCAAGGAUGCUACACUGAGCUGCUCUGGGAUGGGAUGGGAUGGAGAGGCGCACGCUCCCCUGCUCCCAGCCCUUCCCAAACCCAGCAGGAAGAGCUCACUGGCAUUAAAGCUCCUGGGAAGAGCCUCCCCCCCUCCCCUGGGCUCCACAGGAGCUGGGCACGGUGCUCUGGGACCUUGGGUGUUUCUGUUCCGUUGGCUUGGUUUUCUAUGAGCCCGUCUUUGUAACGUGAAUCGAGGAUUUCUUUUCUAUUCUGUAAUUAUAAAAGUCAAAGGAAAGUUUCAGCUGGUGCUGUUCUGCUUCGGGGCACUUCCCUUCCCCGGGCAGUUCAGGUGAUUAAAGGGGGUGGUUUUAAAA